GCAAACAGGCAACGCGAUUCUACACAGUGGGGCCUCUGCCUCUGGACCCUCAUUGGUCCGGCGAGGCUUGAAAGCCUCCAUUGAGCCGGUCAGGAGGAAUUUGGGGUACUAAUGCCACUCUCAGGAGGAGGAAUUUUGUGUGAUUCUGGUAAACAGCUGACGGCUCACUUUGCGAGCUCGGCUCUCCUCCUCCUCCUCCUCUCUCCCUCGUUCCUUCCCUCCUUUGGUUUCUGCAGUGCGUUCUCUGCGUUGAACUGUGUGAACUAACAAUCCGUACAGCACUCUGAUUAUUCACUCAUCACUGAAUCAUGCCUCUGGUGAACUUGUAUGGGUCAAAGUGGAGGCUGGUGCUGUGCACUCUGCUUAUUUGUGCAGUAAUCUUCGAGUUGGCUUAUUGUCAAAAAGAUGCCCAGAAGCAGAAGGCUACCCCGGGGAGGAAGUCCAAGCCGAGCAAAAACAAACCAGAGAAGUCAACAAACGAAGGGUCCAGCACUGCAACAGCCAAACCAAAGAACAAAGCUACACCUGCAGCCAAGGCACAGGCCUUUCUCACACAGGUGCUAAACAGAGGGAAGUUUAAGAAGGUGGGUGAGACUAUAAGCGUGCAGACAGGAGAUACUCUGGAGCUGAGGUGCAGGGGCAAACCUGUGCAGUGGGGCGUCCCCUUAUACCUGGAGGAGGAUGAUGAAGGAAGGCUAAGGAUUGUCCAACACGAGCGAUACGGUGUUCUGACAUUAGUCAACACCACUGGCGCAGACACAGGGGAGUACACCUGCUACCCAAUGUACUGUGAAGACACAGACUGCAGGAAGGAGUACGACAAAGCUAUCAAGGUCUUCGUCUUCUUUCCUGACCCACAGGAACUAUUUGUUCCAUCAUCGGACUACUAUGAGGUGAUUCAGCUGAGGACCAACUGGCCCACGGUCCUCCCCUGCCAGGUUACGUCACCGGAGGCCAAAGUGUCUUUGCACCGCGAGUUUCCACCUGUGGAGGUGGCGGUGGACGGGACGGAGAUCUCCUUUAAUGUCAAGAAAGGCUACACCAUACAUCGACCCCGGCCUUAUCACGCUGGAGCCUUGUACUGUGUCGCCAGUCUGGGCAACCUGAGGCAGAGCUCCACCAAGUACAUGCUCAUCUAUGUCAACUACCCCAUGGCUCCUCCUGCUCCAGUGAUCCAGGCCUCAUCCAGUUCGGUGGUUGUGGGGGAGAACCUGCGUGUCAGCUGCAGUGUGGUGGGAGAACAGGAUGUGGUUGUGGAGUUCACCUGGGAAUACCCCGGACAGCAGAUUGGGAGGCCUCUGUACACACAGGAGAGCAUCAGUCCAGUCGGCGGAGGAGCGGCUCGUCAGCAGUCUCAGUCUGUUCUCCUGGUGGACGAGGUGAGGGACGUGGACCAGGGCACAUACACCUGCACCGCUCAGAACCUGCAAGGAGCCAAAUCAGUGUCCGCCACUGUCAAAGUGGUCCCCAAAGCAAAACCGAAGAAACCGUGACCCACCACAGCUAUAUGACAACACUAUGAGAGAGAGAGAGAGAGAGAGAGAGAGAGAGAGAGAGAGAGAGAGAGAGAGAGAGCGAGAGAGAGUCCAGUAUGUGUCCAGUAUUUUCCUCUGCCACAGAACUGAAGUCUUUUAUCAUCUUUGAAAAGCUGCUGUAAUCAUAAAUAUAUUAUCUUCUGAGCUUAUAAUACACACUUUGACAUCCCAAUCAUACAAUCAAUCUGUUGUUUACAUGAAUGUAUGAGGCACAUCCAGUUUGUAAAUGUGUUAUUAACAUUUUCGAGCAUUAAAUAUUUUAUAUACACACA